AUGAAAAUCAUACCAAGUGAUGACCCAGGUAUUCGCAAAGUCAUUUAUUACAUAAAAAUCAAUGACAAAUGUCCGGGAUAUAUGGAUUUAGUUUUGGAAGGAAAUCCUGUUUGGAAAAUAACUCAGACCUCGAAUACUCCCCUCAAAGAUAAGGAUAAAAUAAAUAUUUCAAUAUUGGUGGACCACAAUGGAGAGGCAUAUAAAGACAAACAAUAUAUUGUUGUGGGUGAAAAUAAUAAUGUGGCCAUAAAAACCCCUAACAAUACUCCCACAACACCAUGCGGUGGUAUUAGUGGUGAUGAGAAACCCCAACCUCCCACCGAAGUGUGUGAACCAUCUCAAACUAUAGUCAAGGGUCUGAAAAAGAUUUGCAAAAAUCAACUAAUUUUUGAAGAGAAUUUCAACGAUGCCCAAAUCGAUCUCUCCAAAUGGUCAUUUGGUAUACGCAACCUGUUGACGGCACGUCAAAACGAGGAAUUUGUUUUAUACGAUAAUAGUCAUGAGAAUAUUUUCAUCGCUGAUGGAAUUUUAAAUAUUAAACCCACCUUUACACAAGUCAAUGCCAGAAUGGCGGCCAUUGAUUUUGGUAGCCGAUGUACUCCCGUGGAAAAUAACAUCAAAGAAUGUAAAGCUAGCACACAAUUCCCAUUCAAUUAUGUACCACCCAUUAAUUCAUCGAAUAUUAAUACAAGAAAUACUUUUCAAUUUAAAUAUGGUCGAGUUGAAAUACGAGCGAAAUUACCAAAGGGUAAUUGGUUAUUGCCAUAUAUAACCUUGGAAAACUAUGGUACAUUUCAACGCAGACAAAUGCGUAUUGCCUUUGCCCGUGGCAAUGAACAGCUGUUGAUUACAAAUCCCAUGAAGGAUAUUGGCGGACGUCGUCUAUACGGUGGUCUUGUAAAAUAUUUUGACCAAUACGAAAACAAUCUUAAAGAAUUAUAUGCCAAUGAACAUUUUGGAAAUGAUUUUCAUAUUUACACCCUGACAUGGACAAAUAACUCAAUAGCUGUUAGUGUUGAUGGUCGAACAUAUGGUGAAUUUCAGGAAAAUCUAAAUGAAUUUAAUGAUGAGUUUUUCAUAUCUGUUGGUGUCUCGGCGGGUGGUCAUCUGGAAUUCCCAGAUACUUUAGUAAAUCCUGAACACAAGCCAUGGAAAAAUACAUCACCCAAGGCUAUUGGUAUUUUUUGGCAAAAUAUCAAGGAUGGUCUUAUUUCAUGGGCUGAUGACAAUCAGACAAUGCGUAUAGAUUAUGUCAGGGUGUAUGCGGUUUAG